AUGCCUCAAAAGUCUGGUUCAGCCCCGACAGAAUCCAAGAAGCGCCUGGCGCUUGCCAUUAUCGACUUCCUCGGCGCGAGUCUGAAAGAUGGCACUCUGACUGCUGAUGACGCUGAGUCUAUUGAAAUUGCGCAGUCCUGUAUCGCGGACACCUUCAAGGUUGACCCCAAUGACGAGGCUGCCGUGAAGGACGCCCUUGGCGGCCAAUCUCUCGCCAGCAUCUACAGUGUCUACGAGAAGCUGAAGGGAAAGACUCCUGCUGCCUCCGCUACUGCAACUGAGGCUCCAAAGGCAGGUGAAGAGUCGAAGCCAAAGGCUGGCGCUCCCACUCCGGAAUCCGAUAAGCUGAAGUCCGAAGGUAACGCCGCUAUGGCCCGCAAGGAAUACAGCGUCGCUAUCGACUUCUACACGAAGGCCUUGGAAAUUGCUCCUGCAAACCCGAUCUAUCUGUCUAACCGAGCAGCUGCCUACUCUGCUUCCGGACAACAUGCAAAGGCUGUCGAGGAUGCGGAGCUUGCCGUCGCUGUGGACCCCAAGUACUCCAAGGCCUGGAGCCGACUUGGUCUCGCUCGAUAUGACCUGGGCGACGCCAAGGGGGCUGCUGAGGCUUACGAGAAGGGAAUCGAGGCUGAAGGAAAUGGUGGCAGUGAGGCUAUGAAGAGGGGUCUGGAGACGUCCAGGAAGAGGAUCGCGGAGAUGGGCAGGGCUAGCAACGAGCCUCCAGCGGACGCUGUUGAUAACGCCCCUGGAGCCUCUCGAGGAGCUGGCGGUAUGCCAGAUCUCUCUUCUCUCGCCAGCAUGCUUGGCGGCGGAGGUGGUGCUGGUGGUGGCAUGCCCGACCUGAGCUCAAUCAUGAACAACCCCAUGUUCGCCAGCAUGGCCCAGAACCUUAUGAGCAACCCCGACAUGCUAAACAACCUCAUGAGCAACCCCCGCUUGAGGCAGAUGGCAGAAAGCUUUGGCGGCCGCGGCGGUGGUGGUGGCAUGCCCGAUAUGUCAGGCUUGAUGAACGAUCCUAGUAUUGCAGAGAUGGCCCGAAACUUGAUGGGAGGCCAGGGACGCGGAGGCCAGGGCCAAUAA